AUGCUUCUUCCAAACACCAGCAACCUCCUCUCCAGAGUUGUGAGGGCAGAUAGCCAGAAAGUCCCAUGUGGUGGUUCUGGUAUCUCUGCUGCUGCAUGUGAAGCGAUUAGUUGCUGCUUUGAUGGACGGCAGUGCUACUUUGGAAAAGCAGUGACUGUCCAGUGCACCAAGGAUGCCCAGUUCAUUGUUGUGGUUGCCAGAGAUGCCACGCUACCCAACAUCGACCUUGAGUCAAUCUCACUGUUGGGACAAGGUCAAGACUGCAUGCAUGUUGACUCUAAUUCAGAGUUUGCCAUCUACCAAUUUCCUGUUACUUCCUGUGGCUCUACUGUAAUGGAGGAGCCUGGUGUUAUAAUCUAUGAGAACAGGAUGACUUCCUCAUAUGAAGUUGGAGUUGGACCUCUUGGAGCCAUUACCAGGGACAGUUACUAUGAAUUGCUCUUCCAGUGUAGGUACAUCGGCACUUCUGUUGAAACUGUAGUUGUAGAAGUAUUGCCGUUACAAGAUCCUCCUCUACCAGUUGCUGCGUAUGGACCGAUAAGUGUACACAUGAGGUUGGCUAAUGGACAAUGCAAUACAAAGGGUUGCAAUGAAGUGGAUGUGGCCUAUAACUCUUUCUACACGGAGGCAGACUAUCCUGUGACCAAAGUACUGAGGGACCCUGUGUACGUGGAGGUUCAACUCCUUGACAAGACAGAUCCCAGCCUUGUCCUGACUCUUGGUCGCUGUUGGACCACUACAAGCCCCAACCCUCACAGUCUGCCACAGUGGGACAUUUUGACAGACGGGUGUCCAUACAGGGAUGAUCGUUACUUGUCCUCACUGGUUCCAGUUGGUUCCUCCUCUGGUCUGGACUUCCCUAGUCACUAUAGGCGUUUCAUUUUCAAAAUGUUUGCCUUCGUGGACCCCAAUUCAAUGGAACCACUGAGGGAACAGGUGUACAUUCACUGCAGUACAGCUGUGUGCACUGCUGCAGCGGGCCACUCCUGUGAACCAUCAUGCUACAGAAAAAAGAGAGCUGCCGAGGCUGUGGAGCAGACAAAUACUUCACCGAAGGUUGUGGCUUCUGUGGGACCAGUUAUCAUGACCCGCCUGGAGCAGUAA